CCCGGAAACAGCGACGACAAACACUCCGCGGAGCAUCAAGAGCCGGUGAACUGACCCGUCUACCAGACAAAAACUGAGAAACUGAACGCUCCCUGCAGUCCAGCAGAUAUCAGCACAGCAUCAGGAACACUGGACAAGCUCAAUUUCUUAGAUUUGAAUGGACACGGCAGCCGGAAGAACACAGCCCAGCUAGUGAAGCCCGUUAAAGGUUCAGUGAUGCCGGUGAAGAAGAAGAGGAAGCUCCCUGACGCAGACGAUCACGAGCGCAGGUGUAAAAUCACAAGUUUCACUCGACCUCAGAUCCGCGGUGCCAGACCGAUCACUGCUGAGAAGCCGUUCUCCAGUAAAAAAUGCCUCGGCUGGUUCAACGAGUACGCCGGCCCCAGCGAGGUGGUCGGCCCCGAGGCCAUGGAGAAGUUCUGUGAAGAUAUCGGCGUGGAACCAGAGAACAUUAUCAUGUUAGUUUUAGCCUGGCACCUAGAAGCAGCAAAUAUGGGUUUCUUCACAAAAGAGGAGUGGCUCAGGGGGAUGACGUUAUUACAGUGUGACUGCACACAGAGGUUACAGAGCAAACUGGAUUACCUGCGCAGUGAGCUCAAUGACUCUGUGGCCUUCAAAAACAUCUACAGAUAUGCCUUCGACUUCGCCAGGGAUAAGGACCAGAGGAGCCUGGACAUGGAUACUGCUAAAUCCAUGCUGGCCUUGCUGCUGGGCAGAGCGUGGCCUCUCUUCCCAGUCUUCCACCAGUUCCUAGAGCAGUCCAAGUACAAAGGGAUGAAUAAGGACCAGUGGUACAACGUCCUGGAGUUCAGCAGAACCAUCAACACAGACCUCAGUAACUACGAUGAAGACGGAGCCUGGCCGGUGCUGCUAGACGAGUUUGUGGAAUGGCAGAAGUCUUGGCCGGCGUUGUAGCAGACGACCCCGAAGAGGAGAAACAAGGAGGGAGAGGAAACAAACACAAUCACAGGAGUUUGAAACGGGGAGGAGGAAACAAAGGAGAAACUGCUCACCAACACUUUGACAGACUGCAACCGUACACACACACACACACACACACACACACACACACACACACACACACACACACACACACACACACACACACACACACACACACACACACACACACAGAUAUGGACUACAGAUUCAUCACUGUGGACUCUGGACACACUCACAUCCCAUCAGAGGUGGUCUCUGUGCAUCCUCAGCCGGAGGUCAGGAGGCCUUUCUCUCCCUGAGUAGACUUUCUAUAUUAAUUUGGAGAAAAGAGGAAAGAAAACGUGGAUGGGAGGGAAGAAGAGGAAGAGAGAGGAGAGAAGAGAAGAGAGAAAAAAAAAAAAAAGUUCUUAAAAGGAGAAAACAGAAAACCAAGAAAUGAGUUCUGGAAUUUAUGUUUUCUUGAUAAUUUUUUUUUUCCUCAUUUUGAGUAUUGUUUAUAAAUGUUUCACAAUAAUAAAAAGGAAAUUAAAGUAU